ACAAAUUCUGCGGCAAAAUAAGCGGAGAAGGGGCGAAAGUUUUUUCCAGGCAGUCUUUUGCCUUUGCACAGAGGCCCAAAAAAAUCAUUUUGCUCAGAGAUUUAUCUGUGAUUUGAUUUUCUGUUGGGGUGAAGAAUAAACAUGCCUGUUACUUUGGAUACCUAUCUCCCCUCCGAGCAGGAGCUCACAGUUGAAGAGUUGAACAUCGGCUACCCUGCCCUGAAAGCUGGGUCCUUCCAUCUAGGAAAAUAUUGCGAAGCUCAACGAGAUGAGUUCAUGCUAUGUCGCCAAGAGGAGAAGGAUCCGCGCAAAUGUCUGGCCGAGGGACGCGCGGUUACCUCGUGCGCGCUCGAGUUCUUCCGCAAGGUGAAGAGCACGUGUAUGGAUGAGUUCAACCAGUACGCCAACUGCCUGGACCGUGGAUCGCCGGACCUCAAGUUCCGAAUGUGCCGCAACACGCAGUCGGUGUUUGACAAGUGCGUACAGGACAACAUGGGAAUGGAAAGGCCCUACUAUGGCUACUUCUGCGCGCCCAAGGUCAUCCGAACCAACAGGCCGCGUCCGGCGCCGGAGCCGCCACUCGAGUUCCCCAACACGCCGGACGAGCUGCCGGACACGAUGCCCAGGAAGCCGGCCCCCUACAGCCAGGGCGGCGGACGUCAGUUCUUCUAGUGCGUGUGUACGGCCUGCGUAGUGGGACGAUGAUGGCAGCGGCGGCGGCGGCGGCGGUGGUGGCAGCGCGGCGUACCGGCCGGCGCGUCAGGUGUCAUAGAGGGAGCUACUGCCGCCGUGUGCCGUCGAAUGACUUGUUCGUAUAAAUAUACAUACUGUGUGAGGUAA